AUGCCUGUCAGGAAACCCAGCAGAUACGGGUCCAAUGUCAGAUUUGCCAAAGACAACUCCCGGUUCAAACAACGAACGAAGACAAUAACCUCAUCCUCCUUGCGUGCCACAGAGGGUACAUCUCAAGAUGAAAAGUUCCAAGCCAUACGGCUGGCCAACAGCAUCGACGAAUCCAUGGGAUUUGGCAGAUAUGAUUCCGGCAAGAAACGAGUUGGAUGGCUUUACAACAUGCACAGUACUUCUAUAGAGGACUCAAAAGUGCCAGGAGGUCGAGCUGGUGUUGAUUUCUACUUCAUCGGCGAGGAUGGGGACAACUUCAAAGCGACCGUGGAAUACGAUCCAUACUUUCUGCUAGCUGUCAAGCGUGGAAGGGAAGCCGAAGUGGAGGAAUGGUGCAAAAGAAUGUUUGAGGGGCUAGUCAAAACCGUCAAUCGCCUCUCGAAAGAAGACCUACAAAUGCCCAAUCACCUUCUCGGUUAUAGACGAACAUUCUUACAGCUCACCUUCGCGAAUGUGUCUGACCUCCUAUCAGUCCGCAAGGUCGUCAUGCCUAUUGCAGAGCAGAAUAAAGAGAAGGUCAAUGCUAUGGAUACCUACGCUGAAGUUGCCAGCGCCAGCGCUGGAUUUGACGUAUAUGAUGAAGAACAAGCAAACGACCCAAGAACAAAUGGCAUCGUCGAGGCCAGCGAUUCGAUAGUCGACAUUCGGGAGUAUGAUGUUCCCUAUCACGUACGUCUCAUCAUCGACAAAGAUAUACGCAUCGGAAAGUGGUAUUCCGUGGAGGCCAAACAUGGAUCCGUCAGUCUUGCUUGCCUCGAGGAGCGUCUUACCAGAGCGGAUCCAGUGGUGCUUGCCUAUGAUAUUGAAACCACAAAGUUACCUCUCAAGUUCCCCGAUGCUGCCAUUGACCAAAUCAUGAUGAUUUCUUACAUGAUAGAUGGCCAGGGAUUCCUCAUUACCAAUCGAGAGAUUGUUUCGGAGGAUAUAUCGGAUUUCGAUUACACACCCAAAGCGGAAUACGAGGGACCUUUCCUUGUCUUCAAUGAGCCUAACGAGCGGAGAGUCAUCGAACGGUUCUUCUCCAUGAUUAAGGAGGCGAGACCAACGGUGAUUGCCACAUACAACGGCGAUUUCUUCGACUGGCCCUUUGUGGAAGCCCGAGCGAGCGUCAACGGAAUUGACAUGUACGCAGAGAUUGGAUUUCGAAAGAACAGCGAAGACGUAUAUCAAAGUGACUAUUGUGUCCACAUGGAUUGCUUUGCUUGGGUCAACAGGGACAGUUACUUACCUCAGGGAAGUCGCGGUCUGAAAGCGGUGACAGUCGCGAAGCUGGGCUACGAUCCUGACGAACUCGACCCAGAACUGAUGACACCUUAUGCCAGUGAACACCCACAAAUACUGGCAGAAUAUUCGGUAUCUGAUGCCGUUGCCACGUAUUAUUUGUACAUGAAAUAUGUACAUCCCUUCAUCUUCUCUCUCUGUACUAUCAUCCCACUCAGUCCAGACGACACCCUACGGAAAGGUACAGGCACUCUCUGUGAAAUGCUGUUGAUGGUGCAAGCAUAUCAAAAGAAUAUAGUGCUACCAAAUAAGCAUAAAGAGCCGAGAGAAGCUUUUUGGGAAGGACAUCUGCUCGACUCGGAAACAUACGUUGGUGGGCAUGUAGAAAGCAUCGAAGCCGGUGUUUUUCGAGCUGACAUACCUGUCAAUUUUGCGAUUGACCCCACAGCGAUUGAUGAGCUUAUCGGGGAUCUCGAUGCAGCAUUGAAGUUUUGUAUAACUGUUGAAGAAAAGAAAUCCGUUGACGAUGUGACGAAUUAUGACGAAGUCCGAGCACAAAUUAUUGAAAAACUAAACAACUUGAAAGCAACACCCAACAGAAGCGAACGCCCUCUAAUCUACCACCUGGACGUGGCAUCUAUGUAUCCUAAUAUUAUGACUACGAACCGACUACAACCCGACUCGAUGAUAUCUGAAUCAGAUUGUGCGGCAUGCGAUUUCAACCGACCUGGCAAGACCUGUGACCGACGGAUGCCGUGGGCGUGGAGAGGCGAGUUCCUUCCUACGAAACGAGAUGAAUACAACAUGAUUCGAAGAGCGGUUGUCAACGAAACGUUCCCUGGCAAAUUUCCCAGCGCCCCUAGGAGAAAUUUCCAGGAUUUGAGUCUGGACGAGCAGGCGGCGACUGUUCGAAAGCGACUUCAGGAGUACUCCAAAAAGAUCUAUCACAAGAUUCAUGACUCGAAAACCAUAGAACGUGAAGCCAUCAUAUGCCAACGAGAGAAUCCCUUCUACGUCAACACCGUUCGAGAUUUUCGGGAUCGUCGAUAUGAUUUCAAGGGACAACAAAAGGUGUGGAAAGGGAAAACUGAAGCACUUAAAUCUUCAGGGGCACCGGCCAGCGAAGUUGAUGAGGCAAAGAAAAUGAUUAUUCUCUACGACUCAUUGCAGCUUGCGCACAAAGUCAUUUUGAACUCCUUUUAUGGCUAUGUUAUGCGAAAAGGUUCAAGAUGGUAUUCGAUGGAGAUGGCGGGUGUAACUUGCUUGACUGGUGCACAUAUUAUCCAGAUGGCUAGAGAGCUUGUCGAGCGCAUAGGACGCCCACUGGAACUGGACACGGAUGGUAUCUGGUGCAUGCUACCAGCCACUUUCCCCGAAAAUGUUGUCUUCACACUGAAGAAUGGCAAGAAGAUGGCGAUCUCAUACCCGUGUGUGAUGUUGAAUCAUCUCGUUCACGCGAAGUUCACAAAUCACCAAUAUCAAACUCUGGUUGAGCCUGCGUCAUUCAAAUAUGAGACACACAGCGACAACUCAAUCUUCUUUGAAGUUGACGGACCCUACAAGGCCAUGAUUCUACCCACGUCAAAAGAAGAAGACAAGAACUUAAAAAAACGAUAUGCUGUCUUCAACCACGAUGGCAGUUUAGCUGAAUUGAAAGGGUUCGAGGUCAAGAGACGUGGAGAACUGAAACUCAUCAAAAUCUUCCAAACCCAGAUCUUCAAGUUCUUUCUUGAAGGUACAACGCUUGCAGAAACAUACGGAGCCGUUGCACGUGUUGCAAAUAGAUGGUUAGAUGUCCUACACCAGCGAGGCUCCACUUUGGCAGACGAAGAACUGAUCGACCUCAUUUGCGAAAACAAAAGCAUGGCUAAGACACUCGAGGAAUACGGAUCCCAAAAAUCGACCUCUAUUACUACUGCAAAACGAUUGGCAGAAUUUCUAGGUGACCAAAUGACCAAAGAUAAAGGUCUUAAUUGCAAGUACAUCAUCUCGUCAAGACCCCGAAAUACCCCAGUUACGGAACGAGCCAUACCGGUCGCAAUCUUUUCCGCUGAAGAGAGUGUGAAACGAUAUUUCCUUCGCAAAUGGUUGAAAGAUGACCCUGCUGACAUGGAUCCAAGAACGGUAAUAGAUUGGGACUAUUAUUUAGAACGCCUCGGAUCUGUAAUUCAGAAGCUGAUCACGAUUCCCGCUGCUCUUCAGAAGGUCAGAAAUCCUGUUCCACGGGUCGCCCAUCCCGACUGGCUACAGAAGCGGAUCAAUGCAAAGGAUGAUAGAUUCAAGCAGAAGAAGAUGACUGAUAUCUUCGAGAAAAAACCUCUUGGCGAGCGGUCUGUCAAUCUUCUUGACCAUCGAAUCCCUGACACUGGAGACAUUGAAGAUGCGCUGAAUGCCGAGUUGAAGCCUGAGACGCAGCUCCUCAAACCUACCAAAAGAAAAGCUGAUGAUGAAACGACAAAAGUUCUUGUCGACCCUUAUGCUGAUCUACCUGCGGACAUCCCUGAAAUCGACGAGGACUACAGCGGUUGGUUAGACUACCAGAAGCGAAAGUGGAAGGUCCAGAAGCAGGCUCGUGCUCGACGACGACAAUUAUUUGGCGAACGUCCCAAUAUUGCCACCGAUUCAAUCAGUGCCUUUUUCCGCAACCAGGCUGAACUUCUUUUCAUCAACACAUGGCACGUCCUGCAACUACGUCAAGGUGAUCUUCCCGGCGAAGUCACUGCUUUCGUGUUGAUCGGAAAGAAGAUUCAUAGCCUCAACAUAAAAGUUCCUCGUACACUUUAUCUCAAUCUUAAAGGAGACGAGAUACCAAACGUUGAAGUCCCUGGUUGCGAAGUUGAGAAGGUCAACCAUGUUCUUCCAAAUGGUCAUCCUUCCACACACUUGUUUCAACUCACAAUGUCUGAAGACACAUAUCUCCACGAGGCUGAUUCUGUGGCUCUUCUAUGCAACCACUAUAGUGUGGAAGGGGUCUAUGAACGAGAGUUGCCUCUUGCCACGCGAGCUUUGCUAAAAUUAGGCAACAUGUGUUCGUUCGAUGAAAGCCAGAAAGGUGUACUCGGCAAAGGGUUAGAGCAUGGGUUUGAUCUUUCUUCUUUGAUGAGAAGCGAUGCGCAGUCCACAUACCUUGAAGACCCGAGUUCGAUGGGUUAUAUCUACCUCUAUCAAGUCACUACAGGCGAUCGGACAGUGUUCGCUCUCUUCUCAUCCACAAAAGCGGAAGGCCAUAUUGUUGUUCUGAACCGAAGUCGAGAUGCUCAACUGCCAAACGCCGACAAGCUGUAUGCUGAGCAGUAUCGUCAGAGGCAGCAAGAAGAUGCACUGUUAUCUAACUUGUUCGAUUAUCAAGCAUCCAUACACUUUAAGGUCUCUCAAGUCACAACGAAACGAAAAGCUCAUUUAGAGAUCAGUGAGACUCUCAAGAGGUGGCGAUCAGAUGAGACGAAGCCAACUAUGCUAUUACUUCAGACAAGCUCCAGCAAACAACUCAUUCAUGACAUCCGCAUCACCAAAGAUUAUCCGAUUUUGUGUCUACCAAGCGAGCGGGCCGACACAGAUAUGCCUUCCCUUGGCUGGCAAUCUUUCGUCUUUAAGCGCCUGAUUACACAUUAUUUCACAGUAAACCAUUGGUUGUCACAUUUGAUGGAACUUGCGAGAUACGGCGAUGUCCCAGUCUGCAAUCUGGAAAAGGAUGACACCCGGUUUCUCAUUGAUCUGGCGUACGCGAGGAGGCUCAAGAAAAACAAUGUUGUGCUUUGGUGGUCUGACAACCCGAGGCCCGACCAUGCUGGGCAUGAACGAGAUGAUGUACUGGGGCCUCUGACUGAGGUUGUGGAAAUGCCCUCGAUCAACAAUCCCAGUGCUUAUACAUCUGUGUGCGUCGAUGUAUCCAUACAGAAUUUGGCCAUCAACACGAUCCUGACCUCGUCCAUUAUUAAUGACCUUGAAGGAUCUACUGAUUCCGUCGCUUUCAACCCUGCUGCAGAUGAGGAAUCUUCCCUGAAUUCAAGCACGACCAAAACAAAUGCAGGGUUCGCCCAGGCCGCAUUGGAAGUUCUCCGUGAGAUGGUCAAAUCAUGGUGGGCUGAAGCCUGCCGGGGAAACCGACUCGCAGAUGCCAUGGUAUCGCACUUGGUUCGCUGGGUGGAGGCGCCCGCAUCUUGUUUGUACGACAGACAUCUCCAUUACUACGUCCAGAUGAUGUCGAAGAAGGCAAUGCAACAACUCAUCACUGAUUUCAGACGCGUUGGCUCGCAAGUUGUCUUUGCUAGUCCAACCCGCUUACUUCUGCAGACCUCAAAGCAGGAGGUAGGCAAUGCCUAUGCUUAUUCUCAGUACAUUCUCAAGUCAAUUCAACAGAAGCCUCUAUUUCAUUUCUUAGGGCUUGAGAUCAAGGACUACUGGGAUAUACUCAUUUGGUAUGACCAGUAUAACUAUGGCGGGAAGGGUACAUCUACCGUAACGGAAGAGACGAACAAUUCCAAUCUAGAAACGGUGGUACACUGGCAAAUAUCUCAGUUCCUACCUCAGCCACUUCAACCUGUCUUUGACGACUGGGUCGUGACUUUCAUCGAUCUGAUGCAGAAUUUGAAGAGACCGGCAAAUAAUCCUGACGAUGCCUCCGCAACUCCUCGGCCAACACAACUGGUUUCUGGUUUCAUCAGUCUGACAGAGGAUCCAACAAGCAUGGAGGUUACGACGGUUCUCCAAGACGACUUCUCCAAGCCAUUGAAGAAAAAGAUUACGAGCCUAAUCCGUCGUCAGCGUGAGGAACUACUCCAUCAUGAGCUGGCCAGCGACUGGUCUUUCCCAUCACUGCCAGGCGGCUCAUUGGAGGCUACGGACCAACGACACGCUCGCGAUCCAGUCCUCGAACUGGUCAAAAGCCUAAUGCAGAUCAUCUCACUGUCAAAGCCUCUACAGCUGGAAGCACGGCUCCUGCGCAAAGACCUACUGGCCCUCUUCGACGUCAAGGAGUUCUCUGCAGAAAGCCGCUUCGAGAACCCGAGCACGAGUCUCCGCUUCGACCUUCUCGUCUGCGACAACUGCACCAUGACGCGCGACCUCGACCUCUGCCGCGACGAAGACAUCCUCCCGGACACCACACGCGGCCAGGACAACGGCGGCGAAGACGACGCCGUCAACCGACCCUGGCGCUGCACCAGCUGCCACAGUGAAUUCAACAAGAUCCAUCUCGAGGAGUCCCUGAUCGGCCGUAUCCAGGCGUCGCUGCUCGGCUGGCAGACCCAGGACCUCAAGUGCAAGAAGUGCGGCGUCCUGCAGGGCGACGAUUGCCUGUUCGCCGACCACUGUACGUGCGGUGGCGAGUGGGCCGGCGUCGCAGAUCGCAAGGACAUCGCCAAUACUUUGAGGGUCAUGGAGAGGGUCGCCUCCGCGUAUGGACUGCGGAUGCUGCAGGGCGUUGUGGACGGCGUGAAGACCAUGUCUGUGUUAUGA